CUUUUACUACUUCUCUUUGAAGUUUCUACUUCAAAUCUCCUUUCCCUCUAGAAAGUGCUUCCACUCUCAGAGAAUCUUGAUUCAGCAGUAUCUCCCACGAAAAUGGCGUCCAAACUCACAAAAACGAAUUAAAUUGUACUUCACACACCUACACACACUUAGCAGAAACACCAAUCAAUCAUACACACAAACGCGCGCACCAGUUUAUACCAAGUUUUAAGCUUCUAUUUCACCUGCUCGCUUGUUGACCUCUUUGAUCGUUGGAGAAAGAUUCACUGCACUUUGUUAGUGGGAUUCUCUUUCUUCAUUAAUGGGCUCGAUCUCUUUUUUGGAGCAGUGCCAUGUUGAAGCAAGCUCACGCGAUUUAUGCUAUCAGGCUGCUACAUCGACUUUGUUUUGGACGAAAAUCUCAAUAUGAUAAAAUUACAACAAUUUUAAAUGGGCUUCACAAGAAACUAUUGAGGAUACUGGAAUAAGUGAAUGACAGACUUAGAAACGUAACAGCUGCUCAUACAUACAAAGAAAACUUCAUACUAGGUGGCUCUUUUGGAAGAGGCAGUGGCAUCAUCAUUAAUUCCCCAAAACAAGAUUAUUGCAGUUUCUAGCUAGUGUUGCUAAAUCGUCAUAGAGUGCAAAAGCUUUCCCCAUCUCGAUCAAUUGAAACUAGCUGGUUUACUUGUUUGUAUGAAUUGAGUAUGAGAUGGUGGAUAUAAUAUAAGCAAUGGACGAGUACGGGGAAUCUGAAGGUUUUGUUCCUAGCUGGAUGAGUAAAAAUGCAAUGGAAACGGAAGAAUCUCAUCUGUUCGUUAUCUCUUUCUUUGUAGCCAGUCUGAUAGGAAUAUUGACUAUAUUCUACACAGCUUGGCGGUGGAGAAGAAAUAUUAACUUAAGUUGGAUGAAAGCCAUAGCGAGAUCAAAGAAAAACCCUAAGUCAAUGAACAAAGUUCCACUGGUGCCUCACACUUGGAGUUUGGAAUCUUUAACUCGAAGUAAAAGUUUGAAUUGCUGUGUAUGCUUGGAGUCCAUCUCUCCUUCACAGACUCUUGGCCCAAUGGUGGCUUCAGAUAGCUACAUCAACCGUUGCAGCAUAUGUGGUGUAGCAGCUCACUUGGACUGCUCUGCUGGUGCUCAUAAGGAUUGCAAGUGUGUUUCGAUGUUUGGAUGUGGUCAUGUUUUGCAUCAAUGGGCAGUUCAGUGGACAGAGGAAACGGACCGACCAGAUGAAUCCUCUUUCUGUAGCCACUGUGAAGAGCCGUACACUGGUUCUUUUCUCGAAGGAUCACCGAUAUGGUGUUGCUUAUGGUGUCAACGCCUUGUGCAUGUUGACUGCCAUAGUAGUAUGCUUAACGAAACAGGUGAUAUUUGUGAUUUGGGGCCUUUUAAAAGGCUUGUCCUUUCGCCGUUAUAUGUCAAGCAAUUGAAAAGGAAUUCGUCUGGAGGAUUCCUAAGCUCUAUUACUGCUGGAGCCAAUGAGGUUGCAUCAUCUGUACGUGCCACUAUUAGAAGUCAGAGUAAGAAGCAUAGACAUGGAUACGAGACCUUUGCUGAUACAGGUAAUGAAAGCAAUACGAGUGAUGUGUCCACUGCAAGUCCUGCAGAUGGUAGUAACGAAGGUAUUACUUCUAGAAUGGAAGAAUACAGCGAUAGCCCAGAAGGGAAUCAACGACAAAAUGGAGAAGCAAACAAGAUGGAAAAAAUACCCAGUUUCAAGAGGAGCUCAUCAAUAAAUCAAAAGGACAACAAUGAUUCAGUAGGCAUGAGGCAGACAUAUGAGCUGGUUGAUUUGCCUCCAGAGGCAAGGCCUUUACUAGUAUUUAUCAACAAAAAGAGUGGAGCUCAACAAGGGGACUCGCUCAAGCAAAGACUCAACGUUCUUCUAAAUCCUGUACAGGUUUGUGAACUAAGCUCAACGGAGGGGCCAGAAGUUGGUCUCUAUUUAUUUAGAAGGACGCGUCAUUUCCGUGUUCUGGUCUGUGGAGGAGAUGGCACUGUUGGCUGGGUUCUUGAUGCCAUAGAUAAGCAAAAUUUUAUCUCUCCUCCACCAGUGGCUAUCCUUCCUGCGGGAACAGGAAAUGAUUUGGCUCGAGUUCUCUUUUGGGGAGGUGGUCUAGGUUUACUUGAGAGGCGAGCAGGCCUUUACGCUCUUUUGCAUGACAUAGAACAUGCUGCAGUAACUGUUCUUGAUCGAUGGAAAGUAUUAAUCUCAAACCAGCAAGGGAAGCCACUCCAAUCUCCUAAGUUUAUGAACAACUAUCUGGGGGUUGGUUGUGAUGCAAAGGUUGCUCUAGAAAUCCAUAAUUUGAGAGAAGAGAACCCCGAGAAGUUCUACAAUCAGUUCAUGAAUAAAGUUCUUUAUGCUAGAGAAGGUGCUAAGAGUAUCAUGGAUCGAACAUUUGCUGACUUACCAUGGCAAGUCCGAGUGGAGGUUGAUGGUGUUGAGAUAGAGGUUCCUGAGGAUGCAGAGGGUGUCCUUGUAGCUAAUAUCGGAAGUUACAUGGGCGGCGUUGACUUGUGGCACAACGAAGACGAUAACUACGAUGAUUUCGACCCUCAAUGCAUGCAUGACAGGAUGCUUGAGGUUGUAAGCAUUUCGGGCAUGUGGCAUCUAGGAAAGCUGCAGGUUGGGUUAUCUCGAGCACGCCGGCUUGCACAGGGACGGUCGAUUAAGAUCCACCUUUUUGCUGGUUUCCCAGUUCAAGUUGAUGGGGAGCCAUGGUUUCAACAGCCUUGUACGCUGAACAUCUCACAUCAUGGACAGGCGUUUAUGUUGAAACGAGCCGCUGAGGAACCUCUCGGCCAUGCCGCUGCAAUCGUUGCCGAUGUCCUCGACAAUGCCGAAACCAAUCAUAUCAUCAGUGCAUCACAAAAACGGUCACUUCUUCAAGAAAUGGCGCUGAGGCUGUCCUAGAACAACCUGUAAAGUCUUCUUAUCCAUCAAAUAUAUAUUCAACAUUUUGAGAUUUUGUAUUCCACUUUUGGCUGCACUUGAAUUAUCUCUUUCGUAUGUGAGAUGUACGAGAAAGAAAGAAUGCUUGCAAGUAUAUAAUGGAAAAUAGACCUUCAAUUUUCAUCAA